AUGGGGCAGCCGCGGUCCCCCCGCGAGCGCUGCUCCUGCAGCAACACCAACUGCGUGGAGCGGCCACUGACGCGGCUCUUCGAAGCGCUGGGGCGCGUCGUGGCCGCCUGCCCCUGGCCCUUCGUGCUGCUGCCGCCGCUGCUCUCGGCCGGGCUGGGCGCCGGCUUCGUCUUCCUGCCGGACCUACAGACGAACGACAUCGAGGGCCAGUUCACGCCAACGGGCGGGCCCGCCAAGGCCGAGCGCGACUUCGUGCAGCGGUACUUCCCCACCAACGAUUCGGAGCGCUUCUCCGCCGAGCGGCUGCCCACGGAGGGCGCCUACGCGGCGCUCAUCGCCGUGGCCGCGGGGAACGCCUCGGUGCUCGACCGGCCGGCGCGGGACGAAGUGCUGCUGCUGGACGGCGCGGUGCGCGCCCUCGGCUACGAGCGGCUCUGCGCCCGCAGCGGCGACGCCUGCGCCAGCGCCAACCCGCUGCUGCCGCUGCUGGCCAACGGCAGCGCCCUGCCCCAGCUGCCCUUCCCCGGCGGCGGCGGCGGCGGCGACGCGUUCCUGGGCACCGCGCUGGGCGGCGUGCAGACGGACGGCAGCGGGCGUGUGGAGCGGGCGCGAGCCAUGAAGCUGAUGUAUUACCUGCGGGAGGACGGCGGCGCGGCGGGCGAGAGCCGGGCGUGGCUGGAGACGUUCCUGCGCGUCUUCCCGGAGAAGCUGCAGGAGCUGAACCUCACGGCCGUCGAGGUGACGUACUUCACCUCGUUGUCCAGACAAGAGGAGUUUGAGGGAAACACCAAGAGCGUGAUCCCGCUCUUUUCCAUCACGUACUUCCUGACGAUCACCUUUUCGGUCGUCUCUUGCCUGAGGCUGAGCUGUGUAAGGAAUAACAUCUGGCUUGCAUGUUGUGGAGUGCUUUCCUCCGGUUUAGCUGUAUUAAGCAGCUUUGGAUUGAUGAUGUACUGUGGCAUACCAUUUGUGGCAACUGUAGCAAAUGCUCCAUUUCUUAUUCUUGGAGUUGGCGUGGAUGACAUGUUUAUCCUGAUCUCUUCCUGGGAACAAAGCUCAAGCAAGGCAGACAAAUCAGACACCAAAUCUCGGCUGGCCGAGACUUACAGAGAAGCAGCGCUUUCUGUGACAAUCACCACUCUCACAGAUGUCUUGGCCUUCUUCAUUGGCACCUGGACUUCUUUUCCUUCUGUGAGGUCGUUCUGCCUCUAUACUGGCACCGCCUUUGUCUUCUGCUAUGUCUAUGUCAUUACCUUCUUUGGGGCAGUUAUCGUGCUAAAUCAUAAAAGGGUGAACGGAAACCGACACUGGUUAACGUGUGUGCAAGUGAAAGUAGGGAAGAAAUCCUGCUUGUACAACGCGUGUUGUUUAGGCAGCUGUUCUAGUGAGCUGCCGGAGCCAGAAACCAGUGGGACAGAAAGCGAGCAUCCCAUGAGCAUAUUCUUCAAGAAGUAUUAUGGUCCUUUCUUGACAGGUAAAUGGAUCAAGCUUCUUGUGGUGUUGCUGUACGGAGCGUAUUUGGGUGGCAGUGUUUAUGGCUGCACCCAGAUGAAGGAGGGCAUAGAUCUUCGAAAUCUGGCUAGUGAUGACUCUUACGUUAUUGCCUACUAUGACGACGAUGACAAAUACUUCUCAGAAUACGGACCCAGGGUCAUGGUCGUCGUUACUGACAGCGUAAACUACUGGGACGAGUCUGUUCGUAAUGACAUUGAGGCUUGCCUACAGAAUUUAGAGAGCAUUAACUAUGUAGACAGGAACCUCUCGCUGUCAUGGCUGAGAGUAUACACAGAAAUUGCUGGCAGUGGUUUAAUAAAUAUAAGCACUAAGGAUCUUUUCAUUAGUAACUUAGCUGUACUAUUCCGGUUCUUUCCCAGUUUUGAGUGGGACAUUAACCAGAGUGCAGAAGGAAUAGCAGCUUCUCGUUUCUUCAUCCAGACAGUGAAUGUGACCUCAGCCGUUGACGAGAAAAAUCUGCUAAAUCAGUUAAGAGACAGAGCCAAGCAGUGCGUAGUUCCACUCAUGGUGUACCAUCCAGCAUUCAUCUACUACGACCAGUACCUGGUCAUAGUGCAGAACACCAUUCAGAAUGUUGUCAUCGCUGCUGGGGCGAUGCUCGUGGUCUCUCUUGUGCUUAUUCCCAGCCCACUGUGUUGCUUGUGGGUGACUUUUGCUAUAGCUUCUGUUAUCGUUGGUGUUGCUGGUUUCAUGACAUUUUGGGACAUCAGCCUCGACUCCAUAUCCAUGAUUAACCUGGUCAUUUGCAUUGGAUUUUCUGUAGACUUUUCUGCACAUAUUUCCUAUGCCUUUGUUACGAGUGGAGAGUCAUCAGCCAAUGAGAAGGCAAUAGGAGCUCUGCACCAGCUUGGUUACCCAGUGUUACAAGGAGCAGUAUCUACUGUGUUAGGAGUAGUUGUCCUGGCUGCAGCAAAAACCUACAUCUUCAGAACGUUUUUUAAGAUCAUGUUUCUUGUUAUAUUGUUUGGGGCUCUUCAUGGUCUUGUGUUUAUUCCAGUAUUUCUAACCUUUUUUGGAUACUUGGGCAAAUCACUCCCCAUUACUGAAACUAAAACGCUAGACCUUAAAUUCUUUAGCAAAUCUGGAAUUCAGUACAUUAGGUUCAGAGAUAAUAAAGACUGCCCGUAAUUUAAAUGUAAGAUGUUACUUAUUUAUGCUGUGUAGAUUAAAAUGCAGUGACUUCCAAAGAAUGUAAGAAAUUAAGGACUGGAAAGAUGGAAUAAUAAAUUUAGCAGAGAGGCAAAGGCUUAAGAAAAGCCAGGCAUUAAGUCACAAAAGAAGUGAAUGUGCAUAGAAUGGAUUUACAUUUUGUAACUUUUUGUGUGCUUGACUUUUUUAACCUUAUUGGUAUUAAAACUUCUUUUGUAAUUUAGUUACUGCAACACUCAAAGCCCUUAGAGAAGGCAAAUUGAUGAACAUUUUACAUUCAGCUCUUUUUUUUCUUUUUAAGAGUAACCAACAUGCAGCUUUAAGAAGAUUAAUGAGUUUCCAAAAGGAUAUGCUGUUUAUAGUUGGCCUUACAUGGACCUCCUGAGUAACCAUUGCACUAGAUAGUGUGCCAUGGCAGGGCACAGGAAGGACAGCCCAGAACCAUGUAGAAAUUAAAUUCUUGUAAUGCCGCAGGGAUUAUGUGAAUUCCAGGCCUGACAAAGUAAUUUUCCAUGAGAUUGGUGUGCAGUUUUGCUGAGGGCAGCUCAGCAGAAUAUAUUCACCAGUCCCAGCACUGCCAGGCCAGCCAAGCAGCCCAUGCCACCUUCACUGCUGCUGGUUUCAGUAACACAGGGAAGCUGGUGUCCUGGAGAACAGCAAAAGAAUCUGACGUCUCCCAGAGGAAUAAGGAAAGCAUGACAAGUGGAAAGGAGAUGUGCAAGUCUGAGCAGGUCAUCUUAUGCUUUUUUCAUUUCCAGUGCAGAAAAGCAAGGCUUGUGAUUUCAAGUCCUAUGCCUGCUUCUGUACCUAGGCUUCACUUGUGGUUCAUUGCCACAGAAGUUCCUGUCUUAAUUGACAUGGAAGGAGCUCUUAAACCUGGUUUAGAUUUGGAUACCUGUGUUCUUAGUCAAAGGAACACACCAGGCCCAGGCAAAACUUAUGGAUGAGAUCCAGGUUGAAGUCCAUCAUUUCAGCAGAUUUCAUAUAUGCCCUGCCUUCUUACCAGGUGCUCAAUCACUGUUUCAAGCCAUGACUUAGCAUUUCCACUACAACCUCCCAGGUUUCACAUCUCCAGCUCCUGAAGAGUUCUCUGGAGUUGCUUUACAUCACCACAGGGGGUCAAGGAAGCAAAGGGAAAGGAGAAGAGGAGAGGGCAGGCAAGCUUUGGCUCUGAAACAUGUAAUGUAAUGAAAACCAAAGACCUGCUGGCUCCGGUCACAUCCUGGGCUAAGGUAGCCAUCAUGCAAAAAUGCCUUUCCCAGUCUGCCCUGUGGUAAUUCUGAAGACUUUUGACUCCUUUUUCACUUGUGACCACGCACUGAACUAAGAACAAACCUCCUUGCAAUAAACCUGCAUAAAUAAAUGUA